AUGUCGUACGAAGACCGCGCCAAUGCGCGCCCCAACCUCAACGAUGAGUCUGAUGUUGAGGAGGAGACUAUGGCCAACGACUACCGUGAGCAGGUCAACUUCGAUGAUAGCAUGAGCGAGCUGGACCGGACAACUUCUCUUGGUGGUUCACAAACUCAGGACAUUCAGGCACAGCUGGCCGCCGCUGCUACCCCGCUGGAAUACCAGGCGACUCUGGAGACCAAGUUCGCUAGCUACGAUAACUACUGCAGUCUCUUCCACUAUAUUCUGAACUCGGAAGGUCCUGUGGAUCUGGAGGUUCCCUCGUACUACUGGGCUUGGGAUGUCAUUGACGAGUUCAUUUACCAAUUCGAGUCGUUCUGCCGCUACCGCAACCGGAUCGCUCGCACGGGAUCCAACGAGGAGGAGGCUCAGGUGCUCCGCGAGAACCCCAACACAUGGGGCUGCUACUCAGUCCUCAACGUUCUCUACUCGCUCAUUCAGCGCUCCCAGAUUAACGAGCAGCUAGCCGCCAUCAAGCGGGGUGAGGACCCCCUUGCCGUUGCCGGCGAGUACGGCUCCCGCCCUCUUUACAAGAUGCUGGGUUACUUCUCCAUCGUUGGUCUGUUGCGUGUGCACUGCCUGCUUGGUGACUUCAGCCUUGCCCUGAAGACCCUCGAUGACAUCGAGAUGAACAAGAAGGCCAUGUUCGCCCGGGUGAUGGCCGCCCACUUCACCACGUACUACUACGUCGGUUUCUCCUACAUGAUGAUGCGCCGUUACGCCGACGCCAUCCGCAUGUUCAGCCACAUCCUGGUCUACGUCUCCCGGACCAAGAACUUCCAGAAGGGCGGUAACAACUACGACGCCAUCGCCAAGAAGAACGACCAGAUGCUCGCUCUGAUUGCCAUCUGCGUGGCUCUGCACCCCACCCGUCUGGAUGACACUAUCCACUCCGCCGUCCGUGAGAAGUACGGUGAGCAGUUCCACCGCAUGCAGCGUGGCGGCCCCGAGGCCUUGCCCGUCUUCGAGGAGCUCUUCCGCUCCUCCUGCCCCAAGUUCAUCAGCCCCACCCCUCCUGACUUCGAGAACCCUGCCUACAACGUCGACCCCGUCGAUCACCACACCGCCAUCUUCAUGGAUGAGGUUAAGAACACCCUGUUCAACCCCACCAUCCGCUCAUACUUGAAGCUUUACACCACUAUGGACCUGAAGAAGCUGGCUGGUUUCCUUGAGGUGCAGCCCGAGCAGCUCCGCUCUUGGUUGCUGGUGAACAAGCAGCGCAGCCGCCAGAUCCGCUGGGUCGAGGGUAGCUUGCUUGAGGGCGACUCUGCCAUCUCCAACGACCUCGACUACGCUCUCGAGGACGACCUGAUCCACGUCAGCGAGACCAAGGCUGGUCGCCGCCUGGUUGACUGGUACCUGCGCAACCUUGCCCGUGUUUACUAA